UCAUGAACAUACAAACAAUAGAAAGAGAGUGCCAAAUGUACAAUCCCGCCGGAAGAAGAUCUUCGGGGUCUUCAAAAAUCGAUUAUAAAUCAUCAAUUGGUUCAAGUUUUAUGGCAGACGAGGAGAAAAACAUUAAAAAUGUAGAAGAAGAGGAAGAGAGUGUCAACGAUUAUGAUAGUGAUUUAGAUGAGAUUUCAGAAGAUAGCGUAAAAAGAAUUAUAGACGAAAAAUAUUUGGGAACACAAUCCGAGUCAAGAAUUGAAAACUACUUUAUCGAGGUGUGCAGAGUCAGCAAAGGUGGUAUUUUUGGGCUCGGUGAAACAAUGGAACAUCGCAUUAUUAUGACUGAAACCACAGUACAGUGUUUAGUGUUGCCCAAAUAUUGGUUGCUGGAGCGCGAACAAAAUCCAGGAAAUAUGUGGGAAAAGCACAGAAUUCAACUAGAUUUUACCCUACCGUCGAGAGAAAACCUGUUCAAGAAUUUUUUAAACUCACGGAAAUGGCAAGUUUUCAAAUCAGAAAUCGUAUCUUCCUUUAAGUCGCCUGGGACUAAAUUGCAAGAUAUUCCAAUAAUAUAUCGUAUCAUAUCAUCCGAUGAAUAA